AUGACAUCCACUACGAGUUCGCAGGCCCAGGCAGGCCAAGCAAAGCGCACUUCUUUCGGUGGCUUUCCAGGGGGUGGCGCGUCAAUCUUCCUCGAUAGGUCCAAAGCUGGUUUCCGUGGCUCUACACCCGACUCCGAGGCACUCGCAUCUUCUGAUGACGAACAAGAUCAUCAUCUGCGCUUGCAUCCCGUGACCAGCAAUCCUGGACCAAAACCAGUCCGCCGACUAUCGUGGCUCACAGACAUGCAACAAGUGCCAAAUCGUAAGGGGUCUUUGGGCGGCAACGGACCGUUUGCACCAGCUAGCCCCAACACGACGGCAUCUCCUAAUGAUCAGACACCAUGGGGAGGAAAUGUUGCAUCAAGUACUGGGUCAACGAUAGGCCGCGGCCAUGCCACCAGUACUUCGUUUCCAUGGGGAAACACUAUCUGGAACAAUGACCCGCAAAAGGGCCUGCCUCAACGUUUGACCGAAGUAUUACCGUCACCCACCAGCAUGGUAUCUCCUGGAUCUACGAGCCUUUACACCGAGGAGCCUUUGCACAGUCCUCCGCUAAGUCAAGAAAACAUGGCAGAUUCUGCGAUCCCUUUUGCAAUCCCGCUUCAACCGACGCUCAAGACAUAUCGGUCCCAAUCGUAUUCGGUUGGUCAACUGGAUCCAGAAUCUUCGAACUUGCCUUCCAACAAUUAUGGUGGCUACAAUGCUUACGGCCGCUCGAGGAAUGGAGCACCGUAUGCAGGGCUUCAGCACAGACCCUCGCGUCCAAGCAUGUUAGGAGAUCUGUCACACGAUCCACCUCUCUUGGAACAGCUUCGGGAGGUCGAGGACGACGAGGAAAGCUCUAACGGCUCGGAAACGGACGUUCAGCUUUCAGCACAGGAAACCAAGAUUCAGCAGCUUGCUACGGAGAACGCCAUGCUCCGGCAGGCAGCCGCCGAACGAUCAGAAAGCGCAAAAUUACGCAAUCGAGCAGCCACUAGUAUCACAAGCAAAGCACUGCGUAGUUCUGCUCAAGUGUACAGUCAACACUCACGUGACCCACUGGCCGAAGAGACAGAGUAUGCUUUGUACGAUUUUGAGGACUCUGAAACUCCCAAGCUGUACAAAUACGAAAGUGUGAACGGGAGGAGAUCUAGUGAGUACGCUACUAAAUCGAGUCCGCAUUAUACAGUGGCAGGCAUUCCUGAGAACAGGACACUGGAGAGUGUCAAGAAAGGACACUGGCAAAGCUCACUAGGCUUUGGUGGAAUGGGAGAGCCACCUCAGAGCCGUCGUCAUUCCUUCGCCGACGUACCGACCCGACAGAACUCGAUCGGUUCAGCAGGUGACUCGCAGAACGGGCAUAGCGCAGGUGACAUCGGUCUCCGAUCUAAUGGUAGACAUGGGAGUCCCGGAGGGUAUAGUGAUGCAUUGGCUCGCCCAUCCCAAGGCGAUGGUAGUGAGUGUACCCAUUUUCAUUCGCCUCAAAUUAUGCAAGAACGAUAUUUAGGACUGGAACAUUUACGCGACCGUAACUUCGCAGUUGCCUACUUUUCCCGAAGGGACCCCUCGGUGCGGAGCGGAGAGGGCCACGGCUCUGCGGUAAAUCAUCACCAGGAGUACAUGCAGAGCCAGUACGGACGCUCGCAGCACCUCGGUCAUCUACAAGCGCGCCCCAGUCAACUCCUCUACAUUGUAACGUUCAAGGCCCAACGAGCUGACGUGUUUUACGUGCAAGAAGGCACCGGUCUUCAGGUAAAGAAAGGUGAUUUGGUGAUCGUGGAGGCGGACAGAGGUGCAGACCUUGGGACUGUAGCCAGUAACAAUGUGCCGUUCGCCGAGGCGAAAGAAUUGAAGGACCGAUACAUGCAAGAACACUACAAUUGGCUCAUGGUAUUUUCUCGUCAUGGUCAAGACGGGACAGUGGCAGGGCCCAACCCAAACGGUCAACCAAACACGUCAAAUAGUGCGAUCGAAGGGAUGAGCGGAUCGCCGGGGCAAGUGGGCCCACAGGACCUUCCAAACAGCGAAUUGAAGCCGAAGAUGAUCAAACGACUGGCACAACCUCACGAGAUCCAGACUCUGAGAGACAAAGAAGGCAACGAGGCCAAAGCAAAACGCGUUUGCCAGCAGAAAGUGGUCGAACACCGUCUCAAUAUGGAGAUCUUAGAAGCCGAAUUCCAAAUGUGGGUAGUGAGCGAGAUAUGCCAUGGGCUGGGGCUAAUGCCUUUUAGGGACUGGAAGAAACUUACCUUUUACUACUUCGCCGAUGAGUACAUCAAUUUCAAUUCCUUGGUCACAGAUUUAUUCAAGAUUUACAAAACCCGUAUUUGGAUGUCUGCAAUCAAUCCCGCGUCAUUCCAGACACCAGCAGGAGGACUGCAAUUGCCUGGAGGCAUUGGGUCCAGCGUUUUCAGCGCUGAUACAGACCAGUAUUCCAACCGCCAUCCACAGAGACAAUAUCCAAUGUCUACAUCAAGUGGUCCAAACCAAGCACCACUGGGCGCCUUCGACCACGCUUGGAGCGCCAGUCGCGAUAAUGCUACCGUUGGCCCCAUAGCCUUUCCUCAGCUCUACGCACAACCGUUUCCCUCUCAUGACCUUGAUGUUCGCUCGCUAGACCAGUAUCCGAUAGAAUACCGUCAGGGUCUCCAUCAGGUACUUAACAUACACUCGCCUUUCAAUUCUCCCGGUUAUAACGCACCAAAUCCUCACCACUCUUCCUCUUUUACCGCCAGACCGCAGAGUGGCAACGGCGGGAUACAAGCGUCACAUGUUUUCGGCAGGGAUUGGAAUCAAUCGUUUCAAGGACUAUCAUUGAAUCCUUGA